CGCGGGAUGGAGGCGAUGACGGUGGCGGUGGUCGGCGCCGGCGUGAGCGGCCUGGCGGCGGCGCACGAGCUGGCCAGGGCCGGCGGCGGUAGAGCGCGUGUCACGGUGUACGAGGCGGAGGAGAGCCUCGGCGGCCACGCCAGGACCGCCGACGUCGACGGCGUCCUCCUCGACCUCGGCUUCAUGGUCUUCAACAGGGUCACAUACCCAAACAUGCUGGAAUGGUUCGAAGAGCUCGGCGUGGAGAUGGAGACAUCUGAUAUGUCGCUUUCUGUGAGCACACAGCUCUCCAGUGGUGGCAGGUGCGAAUGGGGCAGCCGGAAUGGUCUCUCAGGCCUCCUAGCGCAGAAGAGCAAUGCUGUCCGCCCCGGCUUCUGGCACAUGAUCCGGGAGAUACUCAAGUUCAAGGAGGACGCACUCAGCUACCUAGAGGACCAUGAGAACAACCCUGACCUGGACAGGGACGAGACCCUGGGCCAGUUCAUCCAGAAGCAUGGAUACUCCCAGCUCUUCCAGGAAGCUUACCUGAUCCCGAUAUGUGCGUGUAUUUGGUCGUGCCCAUCGCAGGGGGUCCUCGGCUUCUCUGCUUUCUUCGUCCUCUCAUUCUGCCGCAACCAUCACCUUCUUCAGAUCUUUGGUCGGCCCCAAUGGCUCACUGUCAAAGGUCGUUCGCAUACAUAUGUAAAUAAGGUCAGGGAAGAACUGGAAAGCAUGGGCUGUCAGAUUAAGACCAGCUGUGGAGUCAAAUCUGUUUCAAGUACUGAAGGAGGUUACAGAGUUGUGGAUGUUGACGGUUCGGAAGAGGUGUACGACAAGAUAGUAUUUGGUGCGCAUGCACCGGAUGCUCUGAGGAUGCUAGGAGAUGAAGCAACACACGAGGAACUGAGAAUUUUGGGUGCUUUUCAAUAUGUCUACAGUGAUAUCUACCUCCACUGUGACAAAACUUUGAUGCCACGGAACCCAUCGGCAUGGAGUGCCUGGAACUUCCUGGGGACGACGAGCACCGGCGUCUCUGUUACCUACUGGCUAAAUCUGCUCCAGAACAUCGAAUCUACCGGCAGGCCUUUCCUGGUGACCCUGAAUCCACCUCAUGUCCCGGAUCAUAUCCUACUCAAAUGGAACACAAGCCAUCCUGUUCCGUCUGUUGCUGCUGCAAAGGCCUCCCUGGAGCUUCAACAGAUCCAGGGAAACAGAGGAAUAUGGUUCUGUGGGGCCUAUCAAGGUUAUGGCUUCCAUGAAGACGGUCUUAAGGCUGGGAAAUCGGCAGCUCAAAGUUUGCUUGGGCAGAAGAGCACCCUUCUUCUGAACCCAAAACAGAUGGUCCCGUCAUGGACCGAAGCUGGGGCCCGUCUCGUGGUAACAAGGUUUCUCAACCAAUACGUAACCAUCGGUAACAUGAUCAUUCUUGAAGAAGGUGGCACUAUGUUCAGUUUUGGUGAACUAGACAAAAAAUGCCUUGUCAAAUCUGUCCUGCGAGUUCAUGAUCCUCUCUUCUACUGGAAGGUCGCAACCGAAGCGGACCUUGGUUUCGCAGAUGCAUAUAUUAAUGGUUAUUUUUCUUUUGUUGAUAAGAGAGAAGGUCUUCUAAAUCUUUUCCUGAUUCUCAUUGCUAACAGAGAUGCACAGAAGAGUAGUAACAGCGCUGCAAGUAAAAGGGGUUGGUGGACACCCAUGCUUUUAACUGCUGGGAUCGCAUCUGCAAAAUAUUUCUUGCGCCACAUCUCACGGAAGAAUACCGUCACACAAACUCGCCGAAACAUCUCUGAGCACUAUGAUCUGAGUAACGAUUUCUUCUCGCUUUUUCUGGAUCCAUCGAUGACUUACUCAUGUGCAGUAUUCAAGGUGGAAGAUGAAAGCUUAGAAGUAGCCAGCCUACGUAAAGUCAACCUCUUAAUCAAGAAGGCUAAAGUGGAGAGGAAUCAUCAUAUUCUUGAAAUCGGUAGCGGUUGGGGCAGCUUAGCACUGCAAGUGGUGAAGCAAACUGGAUGCAAAUACACAGGGAUAACGUUGUCAGAGGAGCAACUUAAGUACGCUCAAACGAAAGUGAAGGAAGCUGGUUUAGAGGAUCGCAUAACUUUCCUGCUGUGUGACUACCGUCAAAUACCGACCAGUUGCAAGUACGACAGGAUCAUAUCUUGUGAGAUGAUCGAAGGCGUUGGUCAUGAAUUCAUGGACAAUUUCUUUGGCUGCUGCGAGUCUCUCUUGGCUAAGGAUGGCCUAUUUGUUCUCCAGUUCAUAUCAAUACCAGAAGAACGGUACGAGGAAUACAGGAGAAGUUCAGACUUCAUAAAAGAAUACAUCUUUCCCGGGGGUUGCUUGCCUACCUUUGCCCGGAUAACGUCUGCCAUGUCCGCCGCAUCGAGGCUUUGCAUUGAGCAGGUCGAGAACAUCGGGUACCAUUACUAUCCGACAUUGAUACGCUGGAGGGAUAAUUUCAUGGCUAACAAAGACGUGAUUUUGGCUCUGGGGUUUGACGACAAGUUCAUCCGUGUAUGGGAGUACUAUUUCAUAUACUGCGCGGCCGGUUUCAAGUCACGUACGCUUGGAACUUAUCAGAUUGUGUUUUCAAGACCUGGCAACGACAAGCUAGCCAACGCCAACAACCCCUACGCAAGUUUUCCGGCGGCCUAGCUCAACUCAUAGAACAAUUCUAUGACCAUUCAUAUUCAUACACCUAUACAUACAGCUUGCAUUUAGUCGUCAGCAUAUUAAGGUUCAGAAACUUCAAUUCGAUAGAGUGAGUGUGAGUGUCGACCACUGUAUGAACUACUACGACUACAUGAUGAUUCAUUGAUUGAUUCAUGUAAGGUCUGGAUCACCGAUCAACAACCGACCUGAAAUUUGUUUGCCGGUUCAAGGUGAAGGUUUUCUG